AAAAUGCCUAUUCUGAGGAAAAUAUCCAGGAUUAAUGAAGUGUGACGAGCUGUAAACUCCAGAGAAUUGACCUGUGGACGUGUUAUCACACAUUUCACUUGGUUCAGAAGAAGCGGGCUCAGGGACUCGAACGUUCUGCAGGUGUUUCUUCCACCUGGUGGCUUAAUGAUGCGUUUUACUGAUUAAUGCUGUUUAUUAAGCCACUGGACUCAGCGAGUCGCGUCAACGCGCGCGCCCGAUGCCACACUUGCCUAUUUUUAAACCAUCUGAAACGCUGCAGUGAAGCUGAGUACUAAAGAGUGACACCCCGACCCCGCGCACGGACUCGGUCUCGGCUGCGGGAGGACAUUGCUCGGUUUUCCUGGAGGCGCAUAUUACGCAGCGUCCCGGCGCAGGGUCCGCUGGAGCAACAGGGAAGCGGCCUCCUCCUCCUCCUCCUCCUCCUCCCGGGGUCAUAGCAGCCCCCAGUCGGGGCCUUAACGCGGGCUGCGGACACAUCACAUAACACCGCCUCCUCUUCCUCCUCCGCCCCCCACCUCCUCCCCUCGGAGCGCCACUGUGUCCUGGAUGCGUCCAGCCCGAGCUCAGCCUGCAGCAUCUCUCAUUUAUCCUGCGCUGUUUGGAGCUGGUUAAAACCAGACAGGACGAAGGUUUGUCUCCAGCCAUGCAGAAGGUGGAGGGACGGGUCACCCCGGUCAACCUGCCAUCCUCCAGUGGGGCCAGCGCCCCGGGGUCUCCUGCCACAGGCAUCACGGCCCUAGUGAACGACCAGGUGGUGGGCUACAGGGACCUGGCAGCACUGCCCAGAGACAAGGCCAUCCUGCAGGUGGAGAGGCCCGACCUGAUGACCUACCAGCCACACCUGAGCUUCUCCUCGCUUGACCCGCCCCGCAGAGAGCGGUCUCUGUCCCCUCCCGCUAUGUCUCCCACCAUGUCUCCAGAGGUGAAGGGGCGCAGGGCAGAGAGUGACAGCGGCUCUCCUGGGGGAUCCACGCUGCAACUUCAGACUGGACGCAAGAUCAGCACCAGUCUGCAGCAUUUCCACAGACCAGACAACGGGAGCAACAUCUACAGGAAACCUCCCAUCUACAAACAGGAUGGUGGCAAACACCUGGAAGGCAGCGGAGUCAUCCAGUGUGCAAAGUUUCCAGCUGCUCAGCCUCCGGAUCCCAACCAGCCGUCCAAGAUAGAGACAGAGUACUGGCCCUGCCCCCCGUCACUGGCCGCCAUGGAGAUUGAGUGGAGGAAGAAGAAGCUGCAGGAGGAAGAUGAGUUUGAGGACCUGACAGAGGAGGCCAAGACGCUGCAGGAGCAGGAGCUGGAGAAGAUCAAGUCCAACCUGGGCCGUCUGAUCCUGAAGGAGGAGAAAGAGAAAGGCGUUCAUUUUCGGAGGAAGACACAGUCGCUGCCCGACAGAACUCACAUGCACAGCAGUAAGACUUCCGAGGCUUUGUCGCACUUCAGCCUGUGGCCUCACGGUGACGCUGUUCUUGAUCAGCAGCCUGUGUUUCCACCUGCAGGUUUGUCAGCAAGUGCAUCAAAGUCUCCGUCGCGCUCCGGCCUGACCAGAAUGCAGUCGGCGGAGUUCUCCACAGAUGGAGACCGGGGGCGGCCAGCUGCUCAGAACGGAGAGGCUCGGAGGGAGAGGAUGGACAGAGGAAACUCUCUGCCCAGCAUCCUGGAGCAGAAGGUCCAUCCCUAUGAAGCACUGAUUGUGACCCACAGGGGGCGCUGUAAGCUGCCGCCAGGGGUCGACCGCACCCGACUGGAGAGGCAUCUGGCUCCAGAGGAGUUCGAGCAGGUGUUCGGGAUGCCGAUGGCCGAGUUCGACCGCCUCUCUCUGUGGAGACGAAAUGAACUGAAGAAGAAAGCCUCGCUUUUCUAACAGGAAGUGACCUCAGCCCCAAACUAGUACUUGACAAACCACCUGCUUCGAGAGGAGGAAGAGAAACAGGCCCCGACAUCGACAGCCACACAACCGUUCAUCACAUUAGUCGACACAAACAUGUCUAAGUAACCCUUCACGUCCUGGAUGUGAGCCGUCCCAGGACCAGAGUGCUGGUCCAGAUGAACCCUUUACUCCGACCAACCCUAACUGAUGCACUUACCUACAUGUUACCUGUGCUGCACUUAUAAUCACACUGCUUGCAAACCACCCUCUUUAUGUGUCCACGCAUCAUCAUCAUCAUCAUCCUGUCUCUCUGUUUCUCUGAGCUGCACAUCCAGAGGUCGGGGUCAUGACCCUGGAGCAUCACAUCCAACAGCCCAAGUGUCCAGACACAUCCUGACAAUAAAGUCCGUUUGUAGCUGCAGGUUCAUUCUGAUAAAAGACUUUUGUUCCUGAUAAUAUUCAGUCAGUUCUUUUAAAGUCUCCACAUUACAAGGACAGAUGAGGCAGCGUCCACAGUCACAGACCUGACGUUGCCUAGAUCCCACUCGUAUCCGAUCUCAGACACAAACCCGUUCUUUUGCCUCACCUUUAAUAUUUGGACAGUACUUCUAGUGUUCCUUAUUCUCUUCUGGUUGUGCUGUAAAGUCACAGUUUGCUGCAUAAACAACAGUCAUACGUCCCAGUGACUGACCAGUUACUGACCAGUUACAGGCUCCAUGGAACCAGUGGCCUCAAACCCUUCAUGACUCUCACCUCUGAUGUGCUCCUGCUCUGAACAACAGCUGAUUGUCACGUGUUAAACGUGGAACUGCUCUUGUACAGCAGAUUGUUUAUCAUGUAUUUAUUACUUCACACUCGUUUGCUGCUGUGAACUGUUGGCUUCGUUUGAACAUGUUGUUUGACGUUUUGUUUAUGAACCCCCGCUGAUGCCUUCGUUCCUCACUAACCCGUCCACGUACCAGACAUGUUAAAGGAGCAGUUCAUGCACCGUAGCGUCUGUGCUGGAUCAUGUCUUGAGGUAGAAAACGUCUCUUCGUGCUUUCCUUUAGAACCACCUUCAUCCAGUCCUCUGUUUCUGCUGUACAACGUACGGGAGUCAAAUAAACCAGAGAAAAUGUG